CAUCACCCUACAGCAGUUCAGGCUGUGUGGUUUGGAGGAAGCAUACAUUGGCUUUUUGAUUCUUGCUAGUUCCCAGCUCACAGUUUGAGAGGAUCCAAUACCAGCUUUUGCGUGAAGGGGGACCCAAGGACAGUGAGAAGCCGGGUGGUCCUAGCCUGGAACCCUGCCGACUGACAUGGGUAUCUUUCCGAAGCCCAGGGCCCUGCAGAUGUCGCCUAGAAAGUGGUGAUCCAGGCAGGACCUGGCUUCCCCGACAGGACAGAGAAAUGGAGGCAAACGACCAUUUUAACUUUACUGGCCUUCCCCCUGCACCUGCUGCCUCAGGACUGAAACCCUCUCCUUCCUCAGGGGAGGGCCUCUACACUAACGGGUCUCCCAUGAACUUCCCCCAGCAAGGGAAAAGUUUGAAUGGGGAUGUGAAUGUUAAUGGCUUAUCUACUGUAUCUCACACUACUACUUCAGGGAUUUUGAACUCUGCUCCCCACUCCUCCAGCACCUCACACCUCCAUCACCCCAACGUGGCCUACGACUGUCUCUGGAACUACUCACAGUACCCAUCUGCCAAUCCUGGCAGCAACCUCAAGGACCCACCCCUUCUCUCCCAGUUCUCGGGGGGACAGUACCCACUCAACGGCAUCCUUGGGGGCAACCGACAACCUUCAUCCCCAAGUCACAACACUAACCUUCGGGCUGGGAGCCAAGAGUUCUGGGCCAACGGCACCCAGAGUCCCAUGGGGCUAAACUUCGAUUCACAGGAACUAUAUGAUUCCUUUCCUGACCAGAAUUUUGAGGUGAUGCCCAAUGGACCCCCAGGUUUUUUCACCUCCCCACAGACUUCUCCUAUGUUGGGAUCUAGCAUCCAGACCUUUGCGCCCUCCCAGGAGGUAGGCAGUGGAAUCCAUCCUGAUGAGGCAGCAGAAAAGGAGCUGACAGUUGUGGCAGAGAAUGGCACUGGCUUGGUAGGCAGCCUGGAGCUGGAAGAGGAGCAGCCAGAACUAAAGAUGUGUGGCUAUAAUGGCUCUGUUCCCUCUGUGGAGUCAUUACACCAAGAGGUCUCAGUCCUGGUCCCUGAUCCCACAGUGAGCUGUUUAGAUGAUCCUUCACAUCUUCCUGAUCAACUGGAAGACACUCCAAUCCUCAGUGAAGAUUCUCUUGAGCCCUUUGAUUCUCUGGCACCAGAACCAGUGAGUGGAGGACUUUAUGGUAUAGAUGACACAGAACUGAUGGGUGCAGAAGACAAGCUACCUCUUGAGGAUAGCCCUGUGAUCUCUGCCCUUGAUUGCCCUUCCCUCAAUAAUGCUACUGCCUUCAGUCUUCUGGCAGAUGAUAGUCAAACAUCAGCUUCUAUCUUUGCCAGCCCCAACUCUCCACCUGUCUUAGGGGAGUCUGUCCUGCAAGAUAAUAGUUUUGACCUGAAUAAUGGCAGUGAUGCUGAACAGGAAGAAAUAGAGACUCGGUCUUCAGACUUCCCACCACCCCUUUCCCAGCCAGCCCCUGACCAGUCAACCACUAUUCAACUACAUCCAGGAACCUCACCAGCAGCCUUGCCAACAGCUUCCCCAGCAAUCUCCCUGGCAGUUUCUCCAGCAGCCUCCCCAGAAAUCUUACCAGAAGUCUCCCCAGCAGUUUCUCCAGCAACCUCCCCACGUGUCUCCCCAGUAGUCUUCCCAACAGUCUCUUCAGCUUCCUCAGCGGCCCUCCCAGCAGUCUCCUCCUCGGAAGUCUCCUUGACAACUUCAGUGACCUCCCCAAAAGCUUCCCCUGUAACUUCCCCAGCAGUUGCCUUCCCAAUAGCUUCCCCAGCAAGUAAGGAUGUUAGCAGCUUCCCUGAGGCCUCUGCUGACCUGGAAGAGAUUACUGGGGGAGUCACUACUUCUGGAAGUGGUGAUAUUCUCAGAAGACGUAUUGCUACCCCAGAAGAAGUUCGUCUUCCCCUCCAGCAUGGGUGGCGGAGAGAGGUGCGCAUCAAGAAGGGCAGCCAUCGAUGGCAGGGGGAGACCUGGUAUUAUGGCCCCUGUGGGAAGAGGAUGAAACAGUUCCCAGAAGUAAUCAAGUAUCUGAGCCGCAAUGUGGUACACAGUGUCCGCCGUGAGCACUUCAGCUUCAGUCCCCGUAUGCCUGUUGGAGAUUUCUUUGAAGAGAGAGACACACCAGAGGGAUUGCAGUGGGUACAACUCUCAGCAGAGGAGAUUCCAUCCAGGAUUCAAGCAAUUACUGGCAAAAGGGGUCGACCUCGAAACAAUGAGAAGGCUAAAACCAAGGAAGUUCCCAAGGUGAAACGGGGCCGAGGUCGGCCUCCCAAGGUCAAAAUUCCUGAGUUAUUGAAUAAGACAGACAGCCGCUUCCUUAAGAAACCAGAGGCCCAAGAAACACUGAAUGAGGAGGAUAAAGCAAAGAUGAAUAAAAGCAAAAAGAAGAUAAGGCAGAAGGUACAACGGGGAGAGUGUCAGACUCCUCUACAAGGGCAGGCCAGAAACAAACGGAAACAAGAGACCAAGAGCUUAAAGCAGAAGGAUGCUAAGAAGAAAUUCAAGGCUGAGAAGGAAAAGAUAAAGACAAAGCAAGAAAAAAUGAAGGAAAAAAUGAAGAGGGAAAAGAAAGAGAAGGUAAAAAUAAAGGAGGAGGUGGCCAGAGCCAAGCCAGCCUGUAAAGCAGAUAAGACCCUGGCCACACAGAGGCGCCUAGAGGAACGGCAGAGGCAACAGAAGAUCUUGGAGGAGAUGAAGAAGCCCACAGAGGAUAUGUGCCUGUCUGACCACCAGCCUCUGCCUGACUUCACACGCAUUCCUGGUUUGACACUGCCCAGUAGGGCCUUCUCAGACUGCUUGACCAUCGUGGAGUUCCUGCACAGCUUCGGCAAGGUGCUGGGCUUUGAUCCUACCAAAGAUGUGCCUAGCCUGGGAGUCCUGCAAGAGGGACUCCUGUGCCAAGGUGACAGCUUGGGCAAGGUGCAAGACCUGCUGGUGCGACUCCUAAAGGCUGCACUUUAUGAUCCUGGCUUGCCCUCCUACUGUCAGUCCCUAAAGAUCUUGGGGGAGAAGGUGUCUGAGAUCCCACUGACAAGAGAUAAUGUGUCUGAGAUCCUGCGUUGCUUCCUCAUGGCAUAUGGAGUAGAACCAGCCCUCUGUGACAGCCUGCGCACCCAGCCUUUUCAGGCCCAGCCACCCCAACAGAAGGCUGCUGUCCUGGCCUUCCUCGUGCACGAGCUCAAUGGCUCCACCCUCAUCAUCAAUGAGAUUGACAAGACUCUGGAGAGUAUGUCCAGCUACAGGAAAAACAAAUGGAUUGUUGAAGGAAGACUUCGGAGACUGAAAACGGCUCUGGCCAAGCGAACUGGGCGACCUGAGGUAGAAAUGGAAGGGCCAGAAGAAGGCCUGGGGCGAAGGCGCAGUUCUCGAAUCAUGGAGGAAACCAGUGGCAUGGAAGAAGAGGAAGAAGAGGAGACUAUAGCAGCUAUUCACGGCCGCAGAGGCCGAAGAGAUGGAGAGGUUGAUGCUAUAGCAUCUAGCAUCCCAGAGUUAGAGCGUCAGAUAGAAAAACUCAGUAAGCGUCAGCUCUUCUUUCGCAAAAAGCUGCUUCAUUCAUCCCAGAUGCUUCGAGCAGUCUCCUUGGGUCAAGAUCGCUAUAGACGCCGCUAUUGGGUGUUGCCAUAUUUGGCUGGUAUCUUUGUGGAAGGAACAGAGGGGAACUUAGUUCCUGAAGAUAUGAUAAAGCAAGAAACUAACUCCUUAAAGGUGGCAGCCCAUCCACCACCCAACCCUGCUCUCUUAUUUGUGAAGAGGGAGUUAGCUGGUUCCAACAGCUCUACCAGUUCUCCUGCCCGGACCCGAGGCCGACCUCGAAAAACUAAGCCUGGGUCAAUGCAACCUAGGCAACCUAAGUCCCCUGUUAAGGGUCAGGAUUUAGAACAGCCCCAGGCCCAGCUUCAUCCAGAAGCUCAGUCCCAUCCUCAGCUUCAUUCACCUGCCCAACCCCAGCUGCAGUCCCAUCCUCAGUCCCAUAAUGGGUUCCUGGAGCCGGAAAGCUCCCAUUUGUCUUUGGGUCAGAGCCAGCAUGACCUCAGUCAGUCAGCCUUCUUGUCUUGGCUGAGCCAGACUCAGAGCCACUGUUCCCUGUUGAGCAGCUCAGUCCUUACGCCUGAUAGCAGCCCAGGAAAACUAGACCCAGCCCCACCUCAACCCCUAGAGGAGCCAGAGCCUGAUGAGGCAGAAUCUGGCCCUGAUCCUCAAGCACCCUGGUUUAACUUCUCAGCCCAGAUGCCCUGCAAUGCUGCCCCUACACCACCUCCUGCAGUUUCUGAAGACCAACCUGCUCCCUCCCCUCAGCUGCCUGCCUCUUCCAAGCCAAUGAGUAGACCCAGUGUUACCAAUCCCUGUUCACCAGUGCAAUUCUGUUCCACACCCUUGCCCGGGGUGGCUCCUAAGAGGCGAACAGGAGACCCUGGAGAAAUGCCACAGAGUCCUGUGGGGCUGGGACAGCCAAAACGGAGAGGGAGACCUCCCAGCAAAUUUUUCAAACAGAUGGAGCAGCGUUACCUAACCCAGUUGACAGCCCAGCCUGUCCCUCCUGAGAUGCGCUCAGGCUGGUGGUGGAUCCAAGAUCCUGAGACAUUGGAUUCUAUGCUCAAGGCCCUGCACCCUCGAGGCAUCAGGGAAAAGGCACUUCACAAACACCUUAACAAGCACAGGGACUUCUUGCAGGAAGUCUGCUUACGGCCCACAACUGAUUCCAUCUUUGAGCCCACUCAGCUACCUGCUUUUGAAGAAGGGAUUAUGAGCUGGUCCUCCCAAGAGAAGACAUAUGAAACAGACCUCGCUGUGCUUCAGUGGGUGGAGGAGCUGGAACAGCGAGUUAUCCUGUCUGAUCUACAGAUUCGGGGUUGGACAUGUCCUAGCCCAGACUCUUCUCGGGAAGACUUGACCUACUGUGAGCAUCUACCUGACUCCCAGGAGGAUAUUACCUGGAGAGGUCGGGGCAGGGAAGGGCUGGUACCUCAACGUAAAAGUACCAACCCUCUGGACCUGGCCGUUAUGCGACUGGCUGCCCUGGAACAGAAUGUGGAGCGGCGGUAUCUGCGGGAGCCUCUCUGGCCAGCUCAUGAAGUGGUAUUAGAGAAGGCCCUGCUCAGCACACCCAAUGGUGCUCCUGAGGGCACUACUACAGAGAUAUCUUAUGAAAUCACUCCUCGAGUUCGUGUCUGGCGGCAGACACUUGAGCGAUGCCGGAGCGCAGCACAGGUGUGCUUGUGUGUAGGCCAGCUGGAGAGGUCCAUUGCUUGGGAGAAGUCUGUCAACAAAGUGACCUGUCUAGUCUGUCGGAAGGGUGACAAUGAUGAGUUUCUUCUGCUUUGUGAUGGGUGUGACCGUGGCUGCCAUAUUUAUUGCCAUCGGCCCAAGAUGGAGGCCGUUCCAGAAGGAGACUGGUUUUGUGCUGUCUGUUUGGCCCAGCAGGUGGAGGAAGAAUUCACUCAGAAACCUGGUUUCCCAAAGCGAGGCCAGAAGCGGAAAAGUGGUUAUUGGCAGAACUUCCCAGAGGGUGAUGGCCGCCGUCGCCGAGUACUGUCAAGGGGCCGAGAAAGCCCAGCAGUGCCUCGGUACUCAGAGGAGGGGCUGUCUCCCUCUAAGCGACGGCGAAUCUCAAUGCGGAACCAUCAUAGUGAUCUCACAUUUUGCGAGAUUAUCCUUAUGGAGAUGGAGUCUCAUGAUGCAGCCUGGCCUUUCCUGGAGCCUGUGAAUCCACGUUUGGUGAGCGGGUACCGGCGCAUCAUAAAGAACCCAAUGGAUUUUUCUACCAUGCGGGAGCGCCUGCUCAGAGGAGGGUAUACCAGCUCAGAGGAGUUUGCAGCUGAUGCCCUCUUGGUCUUUGACAACUGCCAAACCUUCAAUGAGGAUGACUCUGAAGUGGGCAAGGCUGGGCACAUCAUGCGCCGCUUCUUCGAGAGUCGCUGGGAAGAAUUUUAUCAGGGCAAACAGGCCAAUCUAUGAGGCAAGGGAGGUUGGGAGUCACCUUGUGGCAUCUCCCCGCACCUUCCAAACAAAAAACCUGCCAUUCUCACCUGCUGAUGCUGCCCUGGGUCCAGACUCAAGUCAGAUAUAACCCUGAUUUUUGACCCUGCCCUCGGCAGCAAACCACAUCCUCUUUUCCCUCUCCCCUUUCUCCCUUCCUCCUCUUGCUCCUCAAAUAAGAGGUGCAGAGAUGAGGUCCUUCUGGACUGAAAGCCAAAAAAGAAAAAAAUAAUUUUCCUUUCUGUUUUAUUUCCUAAUUAAAUAUGAGGAGAGGAAAAGAAGUCCUUACUUCCUUCUCCCAGCUUCCUCUCCUUCCCUGUACAUGCCCCAGCAUUCUGGGGUUAUUUAACAAUAGCAAUAGUUCUAGUGAAUGUGUGAAACUGAGAAACACUCUGUACUGUGUGCGGACCCGCAGUGACGGCCAGUAAAGUGGACUUAACUCCCAAGUGUGUCGAGCCGGACACCGGGCCCUGAACAUGCUGCUUCCAUGUUCAGUCCCUUCCCUGCUUCUCGCUUUCUCUCAACUUUUUCUUUUCUUUCCCCUCACAUUUUUCUAGAUCUUCCUCAUCCAAUAAUGUAAAAGUAUCGUGUACGGGUUCCUCCCUCCAUUUGUCCCAAAUCUUUUUUCCCCCUCAAAGGAAAAAAAGUUCAGAGGUCCCUGUCUUUCUCUGUCCUCAUCUUCCUGCCAAUAGCUAUCCUUUCUAAAAUGUUGGAUGCUCCUCACAUGCUGAGUUUCCAGCCUUUUCUGAAACUCAGUGGCUGGGGAGAGGGCAGGUAGGCACCCUGGGCCUUCCAGCCAACUUCCCCACCUGAUUCCCAAACCUCCCUCUUGGGAACUCCUCAGGGACAACUACUGCUGAGUUUGGGUGCACCUCCAAGAUGGAGGCCAGGUAGCAAUUGGCUGGCCUCAGAGAGAGGGAGAGAGAGGUGUUUUGUAUAAAUGUGUGUGUGUGAGAGAGUGAACGAGUGAGCGCUUACAUGUAAGCUGUGAUUGUGACCCUGUUUUGUUUGAUGGGAUCCAUUUUUCCCAAGUAUCUGUUUUUAUUCUCACCUUUCCCAUUGUUUCAUACCAUCACCUUUUUGUCUUUGGGAAACCACAGGAACAAUUUCUCUGGGGACAUGGCUGCCUCUCUCUCUCUCUCUGUCUCUCUCUCUCCCGGUCAUUUCUGUUCCAGCCUCUUCAAACUGUGCAAUCUUUCGGCAGGAACUCCCUUUCCUCUCAGUAGCUUCAAGUCUUAAGCUUUUGCAGGAAGGGGAGUAGAACUGGAUCUUUCCUAAUCCCAUGAGCAUCUAUGGGUUUAGUUGUACUUUCCUUCAUCUACUUCAUCCCCAGGACCCCUUCCCCAGCAGCAGAGACCCUGGAGCACAGAAGGGGUUCUGGGUCCACCACUGCCCUUCUUGUGACUAUGCCUAAGUUAAGCCCCCAACAUGUGAGAGGAAAGCUGCUAACUCCAAGCUAUAGCCAUGGGCCUCUGGCCCCCUGCUUUCCUGCUCAGCAGAGCCCCUCCCAUCAGAGAUUACGGGUACUUGCACUGGGGAGGUGGCUGCUGGCUGGCCUAAGCAGAGAGCUGAGGCAUCCCAAGAAAUGUUCCAUUGGGUGGAAGGUGCCAGAUGAGGUGGAGCAUUCCUUGUACUUCUGGCAGCACUGAAGAGCCACUGAUGGGGGUAGGGGGCAGUGUAGGUCCGGGGGCAGCCCCUUUCUUAUUCCUUUAACAUCCCUUCUCCCUCAUAGCCUAUUUCUAAAGUCGCCUUUUCUGUCAGAUAAACCUCAAAACUUAAUUUUAUUUGAGAUUUCUUUUUUUUUUUUUUUUUUUUUGCUUUUAAAUAAGAGGUGGAUUGAAGAAUAUUUGAAUUGACUUUAUAUUAUGCAUAAAUAUUUAUAUUUUAUCUAAAUAACUGCGCUGUAACAAACUUUGUGUUAGACAUUUGGAACUGUUAUAGUUGGGGGUUUCUCUUCUUCCCCAUGGCAGUUUUCCCCUGGCAUAAAAUGUACUAGAUUAAUUUCAUUGUUGGAGGUGAGGUGGAUAGGGGGAGUGAAGUCUCAUUUGUUCUUGCUUCGUGUUCCUCUCCCAGUUCCAUCUCUUUUCCUAGGGACCAGGCACUCUUUAAGGUGGGGUGGGGUCCAAGAGUAGUUUGAAGAAGUGUGGGGGCUGAAGGAAGGAUGGGGAUAGAGCAUGAUGAAAGGGGCCAUUUCUUGUUUUUCUUUCCUCAUCUUCAUUGCCCCUGGAGCUAGGUGGAUUUUCUCUAUGGUCAAGAGUAUUUGGUAGGGAAGGCAGGUUAAAAUAAAAAGACAUCCCACCCCGCUGCCCCUUCAUUUCCCCUCUCCUGUCAGUCUGGUAACAGCAAGAAACCACACCAUCUACACCAAGUUUCCAUGUUCCUUUUACAACAAAAGGGACUGACUUUUUAUAUAACCAAAUGUGGUGUUUUAGUGACUUUUUGAUAAUGUACAGUUUUUUGUGAAUUUAAAUUUAUUUCUUUCUAUAUUUUUAGGACCAAUCUCAUUUUUAAUAAGGUUAAAAAAGGAAAAAAAAAAAAAGCCUAGAGAAAAAAAUCUGUUUUUGCCAUGUGAUGUUCCACAAGUGCAGCUGUAGAAAAGUGCUUGUCAGUUGAAUAAAAACCACAUUUGAUAGA